CAAAGGCACACCCAGUCAUUGGAAAGGUUGGUUUUAUUGCAGAUUAUAUAAAAAUCGCACCACAAAUUUCUCAUAGCUCACUGAGCUGCAGAAGGUAGACAGAGACAGAAGUGAAAUGGGGAAUACUCACACAAGUGCUCAAUACCACGUGCACUUCAGCGAAGAAGAAGAUGCCAAGAGGAUCAGAAAGGCAUGCAAAGGAGUAGGAACUGAUGAAAUCACAAUUAUUAAAGUUCUUGCAAGUCGCUCAACAGAACAGAGACAGAAAAUAAAAGAGAAGUACAGAGAUCUGUACAAAAAAGAUCUUGAGAAAGUGCUUCAAGGAGAACUCAGUGGAUGCUUAGAAAAGACACUACUGGCCAUGUUAGAUUGGCCUUGCCACUUCGAUGCCAAGCUGCUGAACAAAGCAAUGAAAGGAGCUGGAACAGAUGAAGACAUCCUCAUCGAGCUUCUCUGCACAAGAGCUAACUCACAAAUCAUUGCCACAAAAGAAGCAUACAAACAAAUGUUCCCAUGUGAUCUGGAAACUGAUGUUCAAGGUGACACCAGAGGAACUCUACAGAAACUGCUGCUCUCAUUGCUCGAGGCCAACCGAGACGAGGGGUCUGAAGUCAAUGAAGGCCUGGCUGAACAAGAUGCCAAAAAACUGUUUGAGGCUGGUGAAAAACAUUGGGGUACAGAUGAGAUGGCAUUUAAUACUAUUUUAUCCAAGAGAAGCUGUAUGCAGCUAAGAGCUAUCUUCAAAGCUUAUGAAACACUCCAUGGCUCAAACAUUGAGGAGGUGAUCAAAAGAGAAGCAUCUGGUGACGUGAAGAAGGCUUACCUGACAAUUGUUCAGUGCACCAAGGACUGCCAAGCCUAUUUUGCAGAAGUGUUACAUGAAGCAAUGAAAGGUACGGGGACGGACGAGGACACGCUGAUUCGCAUCCUGGUCUCACGCUCAGAGGUUGAUCUUCCGAACAUUAAGGAGAGGUAUCAGGAGAUGUACAAGAAGCCUUUGGCUGAUGACAUCAAAUCGGAGACCUCUGGGCAUUUCCAGAAAGUUCUGCUGGCCUUAGUAAAAGAAGAAAAUGGGACAGUUGGAAUAUAAGUAGCUAUGUUGUCCUGAGCUUGUCACUAUUCAAUGGACACACCCAUGGUUUAUUUCUCGUCAUGCUAUUGUGAUAUAAUCCUUUACAAAUAAUAGUAUUGUAGCAUGAUCUCUUUUGGAAAAGGCAGACUCUCAUUGGUAAAUACUUGAAGGAGUAAAACUGCCUGAACAAGAGGGAAAUGCGGGGGAGUGGGACUAGUUUUUACAAACGAACACAGCAUCGGUGGGUGAAACCUGCUCCUUUUGUGCUGGAUCAUUUCCCAAGGAAAGAUGUCUGACAUCAUGCAAGACAAGUCAUAGUAUUCGGUAGGGUUUAGUUGUAUGGGGUUGCUGAGGGUGUGUGAGUGGAAUGCGUUGUCUGCCUGUGAGUGGGAGCUGCAUUCAGUCAUGGCUUUCAACAAUUCAAGGGUAGAAAGAGGAUUGCAGGGUAAGAGUGGAGCUGUUGAACUUUCCUCAUUGUUCUCAAAGAGAUUUGGCAUGGACUCAGGAGGAUCAAGUGGCCUAAUACUGGUCUGUGCUACAUUUGACAGUUCAUUUUGCCUGUGGCAUUGACCAGAAUGUUAGGGAACUAUCUAUUUCCAACCGUCCAUUGACAGCCUAUGAUUGUUUGGCAACCAGACUCCAAGAAGACUCAAAUCUGCUCAGUGUGCGAAAUGGGAAACAAAGUAUCAUCCUGCCAAAAGAAGUAUUCUUUGACAUCUCUACAAGUUAAGUUGAUUUUGGAAGUGCAGACCGGACAUUUUCUGGUAGAGCUAAAUGCAGAACUAGUGUUGCAUUUUUUCCCACCUUGCUCUUAGAAAUUCAGGGGCUAGAAGAUCCAGCAAACCUGGACUUGUUUUAAGAUGUAUUCAGCUUAUUGCUUCCCGAUACAUGUCAGUAUCAGCCCACUGUGAAGUCCCACUUUCUUUUACAUUACAGUGUAGUUUAUAUUUCAUUGCAAUGCAUUAUAAUUAAAAGGAAAUCUACAU